AUGGGACAGAGAAAAUCUAACAUAAGUCAUAAGAAAAGGUUGAUAUAUUAUACGGGUGAUGAUUUCGUCGGAGAGGUUCCUCUGGCUGUCGUCAAACUCAAAGUCAAGUUAAGUAUAUCUUCGUUCCACCAGACCACUGAGGAGCUAAUUAUCUUAUAUCAAUCUGUGCAUAAAAAAGGAUUACAGAGGAUAGUAUUAAAUUAUGUUUUAACUCAGGUGGAGGGAAUUCCGGUCUCUCAGCUGACCAGGUCGCGCCCCUUUUAUCCGGACGACGAGAUCGAUACUCUCGUCUCUCAGCUGACCAGGCCACGGCCCUCUUAUCAGCAAGAGACCGUUAUUCCGGUCCCUCCGGUGACCAAACCACGGCGGCCCUAUUAUCUAGAUGACGACAUCGAUAUUCUGAUCUCUCGGCUGCCCAGGCCACUGACCUCUUAUCAGCAAGAGACCAUUAUUCUGGUCCCUCGGGUAACCCAGACUCUGGGAUACGAGCGCCUCAGGCUGGACCCCAGGGCUCAGGCUGAGGUCUCGACUCCGCGGCCCAGGCCUUUGGCUGAGGCCUUGCCACGGCCUAGGGCACAGCCUGAGGCCUUGCCGCGGCCUAGGGUACUGCCUGAGGUCUCGCCGCAACCCAGGGGAUAUGAGCGCCUAAGGCUGGACCCCAGGGCUCAGGCUGAGGCCUCGACUCCGCGGCCCAGGCCUUUAGCUGAAACCUUGCCACGGCCUAGGGCACUGCCUGAGGCCACGCCACGGCCUAGGGCACUGCCUGAGGUCUCACUGCAACCCAGGGGUCCGACUGGGGCCUUGCCACGGCCAAGAACACUGCCUGAGGCCUCGCCGCAACCCAGGGGAUACGAGCGCCUUAGGCUGGACACCAGGGCUCAGGCUGAGGCCUCGACUCCGCGGCCCAGGCCUUUAGCUGAAACCUUGCCACGGCCUAGGGCACUGCCUGAGGCCACGCCACGGCCUAGGGUACUGCCUGAGGUCUCGCCGCAACCCAGGUGUCCGACUGGGGCCUUGCCGCAGCCAAGAGCACUGCCUGAGGCCUCGCCGCAACCCAGGGGUCCGACUGGGGCCUUGCCGCGGCCAAGAACACUGCCUGAGGUUUCGCCGCAACCCAGGGGAUAUGAGCCCCUCAGGCUGGACCCCAGGUCUCAGGCUGAGGCCUCGACUCUGCGGCCCAGGCCUUUAGCUGAAACCUUGCCAAGGCCUAGGGCACUGCCUGAGGCCACGCCACUGCCUAGGGUACUGCCUGAGGUCUCGACGCAACCCAGGGGUCUGACUGGGUCCUUGCCACGGCCAAGGGCUCCAGCAUACAAGCCGCCCACGAGGCCGCAGUCCAUCAGGCAUCAGCCCAGACCUCAAACAAACAGGCCCAUCAGGCCGCAGCCCAGGGGUCUGACUGGGUCCUUGCCACGGCCAAGGGCUCCAGCAUACAAGCCGCCCACCAGGCCACAGUCCAUCAGGCAUCAGCCCAGACCUCAAACAGACAGGCCCAUCGGGCCGCAGCCCAGGGGUCAGGCUGAGCCUCCAAGGCCAAAACCUCCAGUUGAUCCACAAAAUUCUCUCCAAUCUCCAGAUUACUGGCCUCAAUAUAAUUGGCCUCAGACUGAAUAUCCAAAUGGAUAUAGAUUACCUUGGUUUGGGGUUGAUAGGUUUAGGCCAGAAUUAGGACCCCCGGCCAAGGAUGCAGGAGAAAAGCCUAAAAAGCCUAAAAAGCCUAAAAAUCCUAAAGUUCCAAAACCGCCCAAAAAAAAGAGAAUCAAAGGAGAUAAGCAAAGAAGAGGCAGAGCUAAGAGAGAAAAGGGUGGAGGCAGGAAAGCAAAGGAACCAAAGGCGAGAGUCAAGGAUCCAAAGGAACCAAAGGCGAGAGUCAAGGAUCCAAAGGAACCAAAGGUGAGAGGCAGAGACAGAACAAACAAGCUCUCAAGGGAAAGGGGAGGAGGAAGGGACGGAGGAUUUAAUGAAAAAGGAGGUGGAGGACGAGAUGGAAGUGGGGAUAGGAGUGGAUUCUUUCCAAAAAUUUGUAAACGUGAUGGCAGAGAUGUGGUUCUUACGAAAAGUUUGUAA